AUGAAGCUCACUAUCUCGUCGCCCGUACUUCUCGGGCUCAUUGUCGCCGUCGAAGCUGCCAAGCACGGACACGGGCACAUCCACAAUCACCAACGAGAUCUGAACUCCGCCGCAGAAGUGGAGGCGCCACUGGAGAAGCGAGGAGGAAGCUGUGAAUUCCCCAAGGAUGCCGGUUUGGUGGCCGUCACUCCGAACCUCAAGAAUGCCGGUUGGGCCAUGAGCCCGGAUCAACCAUGUAAGCCGGGUAAUUACUGCCCGUACGCUUGUCCUCCUGGUCAGGUGUCCAUGCAGUGGGAUCCUGAGGCUACCUCGUAUAGUUAUCCCAUGUCAAUGAAUGGCGGUCUCUACUGCGAUGAAGAUGGUAAAAUCCAGAAGCCAUUCCCUAACAAACCCUACUGUCAGGAUGGUACUGGUGCUGUGGGCGCGCGCAACAAGUGUAAAAGCCAGGUCUCGUUCUGUCAGACCGUCUUGCCUGGCAAUGAAGCCAUGUUGAUCCCGACCCUGGUCGAGGAGUUGGCGACGCUCGCUGUGCCUGAUCUGAGCUACUGGUGUGAGACUGCCGCCCACUUCUACAUCAACCCUCCCGGCUACGAUCCUGAGACCGCGUGUGUCUGGGGGACCUCGGACAAACCCUUGGGCAACUGGACGCCUUAUGUUGCCGGUGCCAAUACUGACGGCGACGGAAACACUUUCGUCAAGAUUGGUUGGAACCCGAUCUAUCUGGAGCAGACCACCCCCUUCCGUGAUGUGGUGCCCGAUUUCGGAGUCGAGAUUGAGUGCGAGGGUGAUGGCUGCAAUGGUCUGCCAUGCAAGAUCGACCCGGCUGUUAACAACGUCAAUGAGGUUACUGGUAGCUCUUCAACGGGCGCCGGUGGUGGUGCGUUCUGUGUGGUGACGGUACCCAAGGGUGAGAAAGCCAACAUUGUCGUAUUUGAAAAGAGUGGAAGCAGUGGUGGUGGAUCUUCUAGUUCCACGGCCGCUUCCACUAGCUCCAGCACUGUCAGCAGCAGCUCUUCCUCCACUGUCAAGACCACGAGCAGCACUAGUACCACAAGCAGCACUACUUCGACGACUCCAUCCACCACGGCUACAUCCACAACAGUGUCCAGUACCCCAACCCCAACGGCCACUUCGACUCUCAUCUCACCCCCCAGCGUGACCCCUAGCGUGUCCCGCUCUUCCGGCUGGGUUUCUAGCUCAGCUCUGGCCUCGAGCGGCUGGCCUAGCCAAAGCCCACAGGUGCUGGCGGAGACCGAUGCCCAAUCGUAUGCGAUGUCCACCGACGGAGCAGCUGCGUCAUCUCCCUCUCCGACCCAAGUCGACAAAGAAAAUGCGGCAUCCACUGCGGGCGCGUCUAUGUUGAGUUUGGUCGUUGGACUCAUCGCCGCAAUGGUGUUAUAG